GUGGCGGCCGGCGGCCGGAAUCGUUUCCUGGGUAAGGCUGGGAAGCGUUUCCGGCAGGCUGGCUGCAUCCCGCUGCGGGCUUCGAGCGCUCCGGGAGCGGAGCGGCGUCAGCAAUUGCUUUGUUCAGUGAGGAGGGUGAAGCCCAGCAGCUCAUUGGCCAUUCAAGCAGCUGCACUGAUCUGGAGGCCUGCUUCUGGCAUUCUGCACUGAACUGAGGCUCUUCAUGUUGAAAUGAAGAAACUUUCUUGGAAAUCUUUCUUCGUUUCUUCAUUGUGACCUGAGAGUGCCAGAGCCAAGGUACAAGGGACUUGGUACCAGUACAGACUUUCCACUGGUGAGCUGGGGAGACUGAGCGUUUCGAUCUGCGCUGGGAGCAGCUGACAGCGCGGGGAUGUGCUGACGGCAUUAUGGGCAGGCGCUACCCAGGGGCUCACUAUCGGCCAAGCAACUCGUGUAUUUGCAGUCUUCUGAAAAUUGGCCCAUUAAUUUAGUUUUCUGAUUUGCAUUUUUAGAGAUCAACUUAACAAUUUCAAAUUAUAAUCUAUUUCCUGAUGCAUUGCUGACGCCCCCGUGAGCCAUGUCAGAAGUACUUCCAGUCGAUUCCGGUGUGGACGCGCUGGCGGUGUUUAUGGCAAGCAGCAGCACGACGGACGUGGUGAAUCGCAACGGCCCUGCCACGCCGCCCAACACCCUCAGCCUGCGCUCCUCUCACAACGAGCUGCUGAACGCUGAGAUCCGGCACACCGAGAGCAAGAACAGCACUCCUCCGAAAUGCAGGAAGAAGUACGCGCUGACUAACAUCCAGACAGCCAUGGGCCUCUCAGACCCGGCAGCGCAGCCCCUCCUGGGGAGCAGCUCUGCCAAUAUGAAGCUGGUGAAGAACGGAGAAAACCAGCUGAGGAAAGCUGCCGAGCAAGGCCAGCAGGAUCCCAACAAGAACCUCAGCACCACAGCCGGCGUCAGUGUGACUUCUGAGAAGUUUGAAGGCAAAGAGCCGAUCCCACAGGACUCCUCCAGCUGUGAAAUAUUGCCCUCACAGCCCAGGAGGACCAAGAGUUUCCUGAAUUACUAUGCAGACCUGGAAACAUCUACCAGAGAGCUGGAGCAGAGCUUUGCUGCAAUGGAAGAUAAAUCUGCACAAAACAAUAGCCAGGCUUCCACCAUUAUUGUCAAUGGGGAAGUCUUGCCCCGGAAGCAAAACAAGCAAUCAAGCCCAGAGGAUGGCCAAACUGCCACAGUGUCCUCGAGUCCUGAGACUAAGAAGGACCAUCCCAAAACGGGGGCCAAAACAGACUGUGCACUGCACAGGAUUCAGAACCUGGCUCCAAGUGAUGAGGACUCCAGCUGGACUACACUGUCCCAGGACAGCGCUUCGCCGAGCUCUCCUGAUGAAACAGCAGAUAUAUGGAGUGAUCAAUCAUUUCAGACAGACCCAGACUUACCACCUGGAUGGAAAAAAAUCAAUGAUAUUGCUGGAAUCUAUUACUGGCAUAUACCUACGGGAACAACUCAGUGGCAACGUCCUGUGUCUGUUCAAACAGAUCUUCAGGGCUCAAGGAAAGGCUCACUUGGUUCCAUUACUCCAUCUCCUACUCCAGAAACUGAGAAACAGCCAUGGAGUGAUUUUGCUGUACUGAAUGGGGGAAAGAUUAAUAGUGACAUUUGGAAGGACCUGCAUGCAGCCACUGUGAACCCAGACCCAAGUCUGAAAGAGUUUGAAGGAGCCACAUUGCGCUAUGCCUCCUUGAAGCUCAGAAAUGCUCCACAGUCUGAUGAUGAUGAUUCUUGUAGCAUCAACAGUGAUCCAGAAGCCAAGUGCUUUGCUGUGCGCUCUCUGGGCUGGGUAGAAAUGGCAGAAGAAGAUCUUGCUCCUGGAAAAAGUAGUGUUGCUGUGAACAAUUGCAUCAGACAACUCUCUUACUGUAAAAAUGACAUCAGAGACACCGUUGGCAUUUGGGGAGAGGGCAAAGACAUGUACCUGAUAUUGGAAAAUGACAUGCUGAACCUGAUCGACCCCAUGGAUCGUACAGUUCUUCAUUCACAGCCCAUAGUGAGCAUCAGAGUUUGGGGAGUGGGUCGUGACAACGGCCGAGACUUUGCAUAUGUGGCAAGAGACAAAGACACCAGAAUUCUGAAAUGUCAUGUGUUUCGAUGUGACACGCCAGCAAAAGCCAUCGCCACAAGUUUACACGAGAUCUGCUCAAAGAUUAUGGCUGAACGGAAGAAUGCUAAAGCUAUGGCUUGCAGUUCAAUGCAGGAGAGGACAAACGUCACCCUUGAUGUUCCUCUGCAAGUAGAUUUCCCAACACCAAAGACAGAGCUGGUGCAGAAGUUCCACGUCCAGUACCUGGGAAUGCUACCUGUAGCUAAACCUGUGGGAAUGGAUACCCUGAACAGUGCUAUUGAAAGUCUGAUGGCUUCUUCUAGCAAGGAAGACUGGAUGCCAGUUACCAUGAAUGUUGCUGAUGCUACUGUCACAGUCAUUAGUGAAAGAAAUGAAGAGGAAAUCGUGGUGGAAUGUCGUGUGCGGUUUCUGUCCUUCAUGGGAGUAGGCAAGGAUGUUCAUACAUUUGCCUUCAUUAUGGAUACAGGAAACCAGCAUUUUGAGUGCCAUGUGUUUUGGUGUGAACCAAAUGCAGGCAAUGUAUCAGAAGCUGUUCAGGCUGCCUGUAUGUUACGGUAUCAGAAGUGCUUGGUGGCCAGACCUCCUUCGCAGAAAGUUCGGCCUCCCCCACCGCCUGCAGAUUCGGUGACCAGGAGAGUCACAACCAACGUAAAGAGAGGAGUGCUGUCCCUCAUUGACACUUUGAAACAGAAACGCCCAGUCACCGACAUGCCGUAGCUGCGUAAGAGAGAAGAUUCUCCUAACAUUUAACUGCAGAUAACAGUAGCUACACUAAGGGAAAUGAACUGAUGGUGUUUGGCCUUCCAUUCCAAAUUGCUGAUGCUUUGUCUUAAGAGAAUUUAUCCGUAUCAAAACAAUGCUAGACAAGCAUGUUAUCUCGUUCUUGCCACCAUCGUUUGAUAUGAAAAGAAGCAUGAAUAAUUUUUUUCCUGUCAGUAAGUUACAUCAAUGGAAGGUCUGUUUGAUUGUAAAUAAGUAAACAUUACCUGAACUCACACAAAGAAAGAGUAUGGCCACGUCCUUCCUAGUGAACUCGUGCUAAAGUCCUUGGAGUGAAUGACGCUUGAGUUGAUAGUUUCACCGUCUUGAGCUGGAUUUGUCACAAACCAAUCUUAAGUCCUACAGCACUUUGGUUCUCAACACUGGAGUAGAUACCAAGGAUCAGCUACCAUUGAAUUACUGCAGAUUAAAUACCAAGUUUUUUAUUUUUUACAGAACUAACCUGUUAAUUUUAAAUUGUUUGUCAGCGUUGGUCUGCCUGACACUCAUGUGAAUCGUUGUCAUUUGAUCUCUGUUUGUACAUUACAGUUGUAGACAGAAAUUGUUUGAUACCAAACCAAUGCUGAAAAAUCUGGGAGUGUUUUCUGUAAUUGAGUACAGGGUGAUCCAUUGAAGCUUUUCAUCUUUAAACAUACAGAUGCAUGUGUUGGAUGCUAAAUAUGUCAUCCCAAAUUGUCAUUAAUUGAUCAAAAAUACUGUUUGUUCCACAUAGAGCUCACACUGACCAGGAAAGAGUUAGUCAGCAGUUUUACUGUCUUAAUACUCUCACAGAAGCAAAAAUGUUACAGAUGUUUUCUAUAUGAGUGUUUGAUCAAAUGUUCCAUUCAGUGUUGGGUUGCACUACUCCCCCUCUGAGUUUGCUGCUAAAUGGUUGUUAGCAUGCCACAAAAAGAGCAGUCGUGUUUCUGAUUAUUUACUAAAUUCAAUGGAAAUUCUUUUAGUGGUCUGUGACAAAAUCAUGAGAGUUGUUUUCUAACAGGAUGUUGUCGCAAGUGGGACAACUUCAUGUCAGUGCUUUUGCUCCAAAGGUCUCCUGUAAUAGCCUUGAUCCACACAACUGCAGAUUCUGACAAAGUCAGCACAGUAAUGCCCCUUUAAAAUUUUGUCUUGUACUGAUCUUCAAAUGCAGCUUUGUCUUUCUCUCUUUGCCAUCUUCUGUUUAGACCUGCAGAUUGGUACAAAUUUUGGAAAUGGAGCAUAAAAGAUAUUUUUAACGAAUGUUAAAAAUGUUUUGCCUGCAUUUAUAUUUGUGUUCCAAACUGUAUCUGUCUCCCAGAUCUGCAAAUUUGGUCAUGCUGUAAUUUUAGAAGGACAUUGUCAACGUUGUUUUUACAAGAACCAUUUUUUUUUACUUUACUGUGCCGGAGAUUGUUAUAAAUAAGAUUGUUAUGAGCAAAUAAUGAUUUUUUUUUUUUUCUUAUUUUAAAAAAUCAACAGCAAUACCUGGGCAAAACAUGUUAAGAAUACAAGGGGAAAGAGUGAUGAUUCAGGAAAUGCCUUUAUUAGAAAUGUAGAAGAAUUAUUAAAACACAUUUAGCCUGAUGUAUGAGUAAAUGUAGUGAAGGCUAGCCAUACAGCUGUAAUAUUCUAAAUGGAGUUCUUCAGAAUACUUUCUAAGGAGCUGAUCCUGCACUAUGUUCAAGAAAUGUUUAGAUGUUGUCCUGAGGGACAUGGUUUAGUGGGAAAUGUUGAUAGGUGGAUGGUUGGACUGGAUGAUCUUAGAGGUUCUUUCCAACCUUGGUGGUUCUAUGAUCUCAAACCUCUGCGUAAUAGGAUUUUUGCACCCUGGGCAGUGAGGUAAUUCUGCCCCAUCCCAAGUCUCACGUUCCUGCUGCUUGGAACCAGCUCCAUUGCUUGUGCAGUUGGAGGAGAGAAGGCCAGUCUGCAUAACGUGAGUAAACUCCAAAAUUGAUCCAGCUGGCCACGUGGCUGUGCAGAUGACAGGGAGAGCAGGAGGGGAGGUGAGGCAAACCCUCCCCUUUCAGCAGUAGCAACCUUUGAACUGCCCAUGAAGCCAGAUUUUGAAGCGUGGAGAUGACAGCUUGUGUACUGGCUUAGUCCUGUUUCUCCAGGUUCUAGUGCUGAUCCCACUUAAGUCUGAUGGGAACAGUGUAAAAAAAAAAAUCGCUUCCUCUCAUGGCUGCUAUCAAAAUGCAGUGUCUCACAACGUCGCUAAGCGAGAUCAUGAAUUUAAAGGAUGUUUCCUUGUUAAUCAGAAAACUACUGAAUCCAACUUUGUUUUAUAUACUGAAAAUAUUUUGACAGCACCUUUCUUUUUAAAGUUCCAGGUGGAAACUCCAGGAUUUUUAUUUGCUUUACAACAAAGAAUGUUUAACAGUAUAAUCGAGUUCAGUAGCGUUGUCUACACAGUGCUGCUUUUCCCCAAGAGAGAAACAGUCCAAGUUUAAACCAAACCAACACUUGGGAAACAGCAGUGUAAAGGUAAGAAGCUGUGUCAGGAGUCUUUACACAUCUGUGUCGACAAGGCUCUGAACACAGAGUUUUCACUGGCAAAAAUGUGCCACUGCAGGAAGGGCUGAGGGAAAAGAGAGAGAAAAAUAUUUGAAAAGCUGUAGGUCCCCUGGAUUUCUUGUCUGUUACCAAAAUGCUGUUGAUUUUGCAAAUAAUUAAGUAGUUUGCUUAAUGGGCCAAAAUGUUUGGCCUUUUGGCUUCAGUGGAACUCCUGAGUUUCUAAAAAGUGUUAAAUAUACACCCAGGUGUGUUUGUAGAAUCAACACCUAAAAUUGCAGAGCUCGUUGUCUUUUAUCAAACAAUGUACUGAGGCACUCUUUAACCAUGGCUAAAAAUGUGUAUAUGGCAUACACGUGUCUGAGUAACUACCACCGUUUUAUUUGAUGUUGUAGCAACCCUUCAGUUAUCUAUGCAUUUUUAUAAUACCCAGCGAUUCUGUAAGCAGGCAGCCAUGCAUUCACUAUGCCUUGUAUGUCUGAUGCCAUAUUUUAAAUUAACCUGUUAAAUACAGCUUAAAAUAUUUUUAUUUUAUUUAUUCUAUUUUUACUGAAAUAUCCUGCAUUAUGAUGUCGAUGUAUUGUCUUUACUGGACGUGAUCUUGUAACGUUCUCUAUGCUGUAUACUAUAGGUUGCCUAAAAAAAGGCAGCUUUGUAAUUAUUUGUAGUCACAUUUUUAUUGAAGUCUGUAGAAAAAUCAUGUAAAGCGAAGCUAAUUUCUUAUUUUUUUCAAUGCAAGUAGAAACUAGAGGUAAGUAUCACACAUCACACGUCAUUAAUGCGCUCCCUUGCAGAAGCAAGGAGAUUUAUAUUCACCAUCAGAAAUGAGAGAUAAAAGCCUUUCUUUUGAAAUCCGCAGUGCUGGCUGUAGGUUUUCUUUAAGUCACUGUUUGUUUCACUUGAAGGGGGGAGAGAAGAGGUGUGGGAGGUUCAAGGCUACAGAGACAACUAUGGGGACUUUAAACAGGAAUAACAAAAAUUGCACAGAAGCGGCCUAGGACCAACUCACAAUAACACUGUGCGUGGAGUUACCUGUGCCUGCUGAAGCAACAUGCCCUUUUGUGACAGGAAGAGAGGCUCUGGAGUGUCAGGCAGCUUAUUCCAGGUCAGGUCUGCGUCAUUUCCUAAGAGUUCUGCAUCCUUUUAUUUUUAGUCUUAUCAAGUAUUUCAUAGAUGAUUAUUUUAUUAGUGAUGUACAACUGUUGGUAAAGCAUCCAUGCAAAACAGCGCUUUUUUAUUUCAGAGCUCAUGUGGGUUCAGCCUUAAAUGCCAUUAUUUCUUCCUUGGGCAAGUUAAUUCAUAUGUUGCUAAAAACUUGUGCUGCACAGUUAGCAGAAGUAGGUGGACCCACACCUACUGGUUAUUAGCGGAGCUCAGCCUUGCAUAGAGCACCCAGUUGAUGCUGAAAAGUGCAAUUUCCCCUGCUGUUGUCCACUUCUACACAUCUAAAUGUAAUCUACUCUGAGAAUAAAUUUGGCUGCAUAAAAUCAUUGUCUCAACUGUUGCUGGUCCAGGGAACUGGGAAAUUCUUUCUUUUCUUGAUCCAAAUUGAGGGAAGGGAGAAAUAUAUGAUGGCUGUUUAGAGGCAGUAGCAGUGCCAUGGAGGUUUUUGUAUGUAUAAAACUGAAUCAGUGGCUUCUAGUUGAAAAUUACAAAUACUUAAGUGGAAUUCUGAGAACUAGUUAUGUAUGAUACAGUUUUACUUCACUUUAUUUUUAAAAAGUGUUUAAUUGAGCAUUCAGGCUCCUAUCCACAAGCCAUUUGAAGUCAGUAUCAGAUGUUGCCAGCAGGUGAUGUUCGGUGCUCACCAAGCAAGCUGGUAAACCUGCUGAACUAAAAUCUUCCCUGCUACCUCUUCUGUAUUCUUGGUAAGACAUCAAGGUCACCACUCGUUUGGUCUCCGUAACAUCUGAAGGACUCAGCUCCCUCAAAACAAGAUAAAAGGCCAAGUGUGGAACAUCAUGUGUAAGCCCAAAGCAUGUUCAUUUUGGAAUCAUUUUAAUCAAUAUUUAGUAAAUGAGAGACACUGGGCUCCAUUUUUAAAAAUAUGCAAGUUCACUUCUCUAAUUUAAGAAUCUCUUAAGCUUCUUUUAGGCAUUUAACAACCAUAUUAAAAAACAAACAAACCCCUCUUUCCAUUCCUUUUGUCUAUUACGUAGAAUUCUCCUUGAAGGUGGUUUGAAAGAAUGUGGGAUUCUUAGUUUUUGUUCCAGUUCUAUACACUGCAAACAAACAGGUCUAGGUAAGUAUGUUCAGAAACAAAAACAGAGCUUUUCCUUUUAUUGGACCAGGUGAGGAGCGUAGGUUACUCACAGAGAUGUACUGCAGGUGAGUGAUAGCUCUGAGUACAACAGGCAACUCUGGUUAAAAACAUGAACAGAAUUUUUCACUGAUUCAGUGGAGUAGUAAUAUUAAUCUGAUGAUGAAGAAGCAGUUCUCUGUGCCAAUGGUGUAACACAUCCCUUCUUCUAAAGCUUGUUCGUCUACGUUGGCUGAUGUGGACAGGAAGAAAAUAAGGAUGUUAAAACAUU